AUGGAGCAGGCGUAUACUCGGGCUGGCAUCCCCCGGUUACACAUCGCCAACUGGCGGCAAAUAACGGUCAAUAUCGUUAAGACUAAGUUUGCAGCUAACGUCGGGUGCUUUGAGGUCGACGAUGGGGCUAACGACGAGGAUGCUAAAGAGAUCGAGGCUGACAUCCGGGUCAUGACCAAGCAGCGGAACCAUACCUAUACUGCCAAAGUCGGUACGGCCGAGGAGAAGGAAGAGCUACUGAGAACGUGGCUUGUCACCCCUGAGCAGCCGUACAUAGUAGCAACAUCGGCUCUAAGUGCAGGCUUCGACUACGCGCACGUCCGGCUCGUAAUACACAUCAACGAGCCAGACUCCCUUGUCGACUUUGCACAGGAGUCUGGGCGGGCUGGACGGGAUGGGAAGGAAGCUUAUUCGGUUGUGCUCUUACCCCCUCGAUGGGUAUCACAAGUGGCCAGUACUACAGAGGCUAAGAAGGGGGUACUCUACCGCUACUUGCAAGGCCAAGAGUGCCGCCGGACUUGCCUAAGUGCAUACCUUGACCUUGAGUCCCAGCUCCAGCAGUGCGUCACCGGCGAAGACGUCGUGUGUGAUGUAUGCAACAGUGGUCCAGUCGAGACGGCCUUACCAGUGCCUCUUGUUACAAUGCCACAUACUGGGAGUACGAUCAUUCAGCAAAAGCGGCGCGCAGCUUACCUCGAGCUUAGCCGGUACCAAGAAGACCUGCUCGCUGUGCAAGGGACGUGCCUGCUCUGUCGAGGGCUUGACGAGCCAUAG